UUUAGACAUCAAAAUUAUUUGUUUUAAAUGGCCCAAGGUAUAGGCAUUUGUGGCCAAACGAUACGUUGUUUUACCGGCAAUGCACUAUCUGAACUUAUCGGCCAAAGUAACCUUCGCAAGAGCACUCCGGCAGAUUACAGGAAACUGCGUGAGAUUGUCUGCACACUGGAACGCUUCGGCACCUUGGGCAAUGACAUUCAGCUGACUAGCAAUGAGAUCGAAGCGAACCAUGUGAUCAUGUGCCUGAAGACGAAGGAGUACAACAAGGGCAUUCAGGAUCCCAGUCAGUUUGUGCCCGGCCAUCAAAUAAUGCGACGUCUCAAAAAGAUGAAAGAAUCGCCAUUGUUCUUACUGCUCAGCAAGAUGCCCAAAGGAGGCGUCCUUAAGGCCCAUGCCCACUCCAUGUGCAGCACCGAUUUCCUCAUCAAAUUGACCUACGCGAAGAAUCUGUGGGUCUGCACCACCGACAAUGGCUGUAAAUUUAGACAGUUUCGAUUCUCCAAGGUGAAACCCACUCGAAUUCAAUAUGAAGAAGGAGAAUGGCAAUUAAUGGAACAAUUGCGUGAUUAUCAUGGCGAGGCGAAUCUCCGGAAAUAUCUUAAGAACGCUCUCAACAUGUAUCCCUCUAUUCGAACUACCUCAAGUAUCGCCGCCUGGAAUCAACUGGAGAGGAUCUUUGAUCUCCUCGACGGACUACUCAGAUAUCCACCCGUCUGGGCUGAAUAUUUCUACAAUGCCCUUAAGGAGUUCCACGCGGAUGGUGUUCAGUAUGUCGAGGUGCGUUCGAAACUACAGCGAUUCUACUGCUUAGAUGGCUCCAAACUCCCAGUCCAAGAAACCGUCAAGAUCUAUCAGGAGCAAAUAGGACGUUUUCAGACAGACAAUCCAGAUUUUAUCGAUGCGAAAAUUAUUUAUUCGCCACUGAGGCAUGCUACAAUCGAUCAGAUGGCAAAGUAUGUUAAAAUGUGCACCAUUCUAAAUAAAGAGUUUCCCGAUUUGGUGAUUGGUUUUGACUUGGUUGGCCAAGAGGAUCGGGGUGAUCCGCUUAGCCAAUUUGCCAGCGAGUUGCACAAACUGCCCGACAACAUCAACUUAUAUCUGCAUGCGGGUCAAACCAACUGGUAUGGCACCCGUAUCGAUGAGAAUCUAAUUGAUGCCGUGCUACUCGGAGCGAAGCGAAUUGGACACGGCUAUGCGAUAACCAAACACCCUUUGGUGAUGGAACUGGUGAAGCAGCUGAAUAUUGCCAUUGAGGUGUGCCCCAUUUGCAAUCAAAUGCUACAGCUGAGUGCCGAUUAUCGCAAUCAUCCGGCAGCCACCUUGAUUGCAAACAACAUACCCUUUGUCAUUUCCUCGGGCAAUCCCUCAUUUUGGCGCACAUCUCCACUGUCCCAUGACUUUUACGUGGUAUUUCUCGGCAUUGCGCCCAUGAAUGCGGACUUGAAGUUCCUGAAGCGCAUUUCCAAAAACUCUUUAAAAUACAGCGGUCUUCCAGACGAGCAAAAGUCAAUGGCAAUGUCCAAAUGGAAAAUCAAAUGGGAAAAGUGGGUGGAUUAUGUUAUCAAAAACAAGGAUAAAAUAAUGGCGCAAAACGCAGAAAAAUAAUUGAAGAGUUCAUUUGUAAAUUGAAUUGGAAAACUUAUUAAUAAGAGAAUCGAAUGUUUAAAGUUACAUUUUUACAUUAUGUACACACUUAAUAUAUGUAUAAAUAAUAAUAUGUGAAAAUAAUAGGGUUUCCAGAGAGACCGAGAGAAAAUGAGAGACAGACAAA